UCCAGAUGGCGUCUCUCGCGGUCACUGCUCGUCAGGACGUCCCGAUGAACAGACCGUCCUCGUUCACCAUCGACAGCAUCCUGGGACUGAACCGGCCGGACCAGAGAACUGCACUGUCAGCGCCUUACCGACCCUGGACAGACGUGAAACCAGCAUUCCAGAAUCUUCUCGUGCUCACAGACAGCGAGGCUUCAGUGGACGUGAGAGUGAAUGAAGAUGGUAAAUCCUACAGUAAAUCACCAGCAGACACGUACAGGAAAACACUGAACUGGUACAUCGGGCGCAGGCCGCGGACGGCGUUCUCUAGCUUUCAGAUCAAGAUAUUGGAGAGUGUGUUUCAAGUGAACUCAUACCCGGGCAUCGAUAUACGGGAAGAACUUGCUCAGAAACUUCACCUAGAUGAGGACAGAAUUCAGAUUUGGUUCCAGAACAGAAGAGCAAAGCUGAAGCGCUCGCACCGAGAGUCUCAGUUUCUCAUGGUGAAAAACGUUCUUAAUGAUUUACAAACCAGCAGGGAAGAACACUGAUGGCCGCUGAACCGCAUUCACUCAUAUUAUUUCUAAUUUUAUGUCUUUACCACACUUAUGUAAUUAAAAAUUAUCUCUCGCUAUGAUUUAAAUGCUAAAGAUUCUUGUUACUUCUUAUUGUGUGUUUACUGGAAAUGUAAAAUAAUAAAGUCAUUAUAAAU